CAUUGACUCAAGUUGCACGCAGUCUAUAAUCGUUCGUGUGGGGUUCGCAGGGCUGGUGGGGCAAGGAGAUUUCAGGGUCUUGUUGACGAAGAUCCCCUCAGAGUACAGGAACAACCAUUCAUUGAGGCACGCAUCCGUAGCUGCUGAGGAACACGAAUCGCCUGAGCCACUGAGCUUGUUGAAAAGCCCAAAAAGAAAAUUUAAAAAAGUGACCCUUAAUGGACCAUUCUUUCUACAUGGCCCGUCCAACGAGGACGAAAGGCAAAGCACUGCAUAUAUUUUCUUUGGAUUCCUUUGCAAUGAACCCUUUCCAUUUUCCAUUCUUCCUUGCCAAUACUUCUUAGUCAUUGCCAAUUUGUUCUCGUACAAAGCUCACUUCAACAUCUUGCUCCUCUGCUACAUAUAGCAAUGAGAGAGUAUCAUGGCUUCUCCUGGUGGUAACGUUUUACCAUUUCACCCGCAAACCAAAAUCUACCUUGCUGGAGUAGCAGUUGUUCUUUUCGUAAGCUUCUGCUUCUCUACAUGCCUAAAACAUAAAAGCGCUCCGAAUCACGAUGAGAAGCCAACUUUUUUUCGAGCUUUGUGGCUUUUCGCCUACUCGUGUUUUCUAAAGCCCCAUAAUGGCAAUGAGGAGGGAAACCAACAGGAUGCUCUUGAGAGCUUCUACAAGACCCAAGCUGGUGCUUAUGACGUUACCAGAGGAGCACUUCUCAAGGGCCGUGAAGACAUGUUGGCCCUAGUAGCAGCUCAGCUCCAAUACAGAGCUACAAACGAUGGCAAGGUUAUAAAAGAUAAGAGGAGGAUUUGGGUUGAUGUCGGUGGUGGAACUGGUUUUAAUAUUGAAGCGAUGGGACAAUUCGUUGACGUGCCUCGCUUCUUCUCCAGUGUUUAUCUCGUUGAUUUCUCACCGUCAUUGUGCGAGGUAGCCCGCAAGCGCUUUAUGCGUCUAGGCUGGACUAAUGUGAAAGUUAUCUGCCAAGAUGCGAGGAAGUUCCGCCUCGAGGACCAUGAACUAGCCUUCGACGGCGGCCGUACCCCUGGUUCGCCUCACGCUGGUUACUUUUCACAGAAACGCCCUGACCAAGGUGGCGUCCAUCUGAUCACCAUGUCUUACAGCUUAUCAAUGAUUCCGGACUACUAUUCAGUUAUCGACGCCCUUCCGUCGCUUUUAGCACCCGAUGGUAUCAUGGGUGUUGUUGAUUUUUAUGUACAGUCUAAAGUUGAUGUUAGUUUUCGCAACUACACUGGCGGCUUAAUCAACCGCCAUACCAACUUCCUCCAACGCACAUUCUGGCGUGCGUGGUUUGACAUUGAUCGCGUCGCACUUGAGCCAGGACGACGAGACUACUUGGAAUACCGGUUUGGUACUGUGUUAAACGUGAACAGUCGAAACUACACUCUCGGUCGCAUCCCUUAUUAUGUCUGGUUGGGCUGCCAUAAGACACCCAUGUCAUCCGCUCUACCACACGAAAUUGUGGAAAAGGUCGAUGCUCUUGUCACCGAGUCCCCGUAUCUACAUCCGAAGAACCACUCGAACGCCCUGUCGCGUGCUGUGGAGAGAGCGGCCCCUGAAAUCCGCUCCAAAGCAUUUGAUGCUGCUGUUGUCAACCUGUCUGCCAACCUACCUCUGCCGUCAUUCUUCUACCAAAACCAUCACUGGAGAAUCUACUACGAUGAUCAGCUCAAAAAACACACUCAAUUCAACGAUGAAUACAUCUAUGCUUUCACCUGGGAAGACACUCGUGUGGAUGAACGCAUUCUCAACCUCAAGUCAGAUGAUGUCGUUCUGGCUAUCUGCAGUGCAGGAGACAACAUCCUGUCUUAUGCACUCCAAAGCCCAGCAAGAAUUCAUGCUGUCGACUUGAAUCCAACCCAGUGCCAUCUACUCGAGUUGAAGGUUGCUGCAUACUCGUCUCUGCCGUAUGAGGACUUUUGGAAGAUAUUUGGUGACGGAAAGCACCCGAACUUCCGCUCACUGCUCAUUACGAAGAUGUCACCUCACCUCUCAAGUCGUGCGUUCCAGUACUGGCUUGAAAACCACCACGUCUUGUCCAAAUCAAAGACAGGCCUUUACGACACUGGAGGUUCAAAGCAUGGCAUCCGUAUCUUCCGAUGGAUCACGCGUGUCUUUGGCUGCCGAAGUGCCGUAAAGGAUCUUCUCUCUGCCAAAACAUUGAACGAGCAGCGGGAAAUCUGGCGCCACAGAAUCCGCCCCGCGCUUCUUUCGCGGUUGGUGUCGAAGUUCGUCGUUAGUCAGGAAUCCUUCCUAUGGACCGCUCUCGGAGUGCCCAAGAACCAAUUGGCCAUCAUCGAGUCCGAUCACGCCGAGUCUGAGGCUGUGUGUGCUCCCCAGCCAACAGCCAAGAAUACCAGAUCGCACGCUAUCUGGCAAUUCAUGGUUGACACGCUUGAUCCUAUGGUCGAGUCCACUCAUAUUGCGGCGGACAACCCAUAUUACUACAUUUGUCUUGACGGCAAAUUCUCCCGUCACUGCCACCCGGACUAUCUAUCCAAGCAGGCGCACGCACGGCUAUCACGGCCCAAUGCAUUCGACGGUCUCCGCAUUCAUACUGAUGAGAUCGAUGAAGUAAUCGCACGUAUCCAGCCAGGCACACUCACAGUCGCAGUGGUCAUGGACAGUAUGGAUUGGUUCGACCCAGGCUCGACCGCUGCCGUGGCACAGAUCACAAAGCUCAACCGUGCUCUUAAGAUGGGAGGGCGCGUUAUGCUCCGCUCUGCCGGCCUCAAACCCUGGUACAUCAAGCAAUUCGAAAGUCAUGGCUUUGCCGCCAAAUGUAUGGGCUCCAGAAAGGGUGGUUUGUGCAUUGACCGUGUCAACAUGUAUGCAAGCUGUUGGAUCAUGACCAAGAACGAGAAUCUUGCGCCACCGACUCCGGGUCCAGAGGCAGAUGUGGACGGCGGUUCAGAAUUAACAGAGUUGGUGAUCUAAUGAUUGGUCAGUGGUUGACACAGGUCGACUCUCACAAAAAAUGCGGAGAGAAUUGGAUGACAUGAGUGUACGAAUGCGGAACCAAAAGCUUUGGGGGGAAACAGGGUGGCUAACAACCACGGUCAGUGAUAAUGGAAGAAGACAGGGCAGCGAAUUAAAGGAGUGACGAAACUGUCAAAUAUGCGAUACGCAGUAACAGGACACUCAUUAGCUAUAAACCUAGCGCAAGGAAUACACACGAAAAUCCAUUGAACCGUGACGACUUUCCUAAACCCAACUAUUUUUAG